AAAAAAUCAUGCAUGACGUGGUGUUUGACAUCUAAAAGUGUUAUUUAUCGGAAGCGAGGUCGAGACGAGCCGACCACAAUCGUUUUGUCAUUCAUUCGAUUCGUUCGUAGGAAUUGGUCGUUAACCCGCGACGAAGAAGCACGGCGCUAAAGCCGAGCUAAAUUGAUAUUUAAACUUCUUAUCCCACAGGAUAAGGUCAAUUCGCAAACAUAUUAAGAAAAAGGAUAAAACUUGUUUUAGUCAUGGGCGCUUUUGCAGCAGCUCUAGGUUUUAUCUUACUAGUGGCCGCUGCGCGGUCAGAAGAGGCUCCAAAAGGACCUAAAGUAACUCACAAGGUCAGUUUUGAUAUGAGGAUUGGCAGUGAACAGGUCGGAACCAUUGUAAUUGGCUUGUUUGGAAAGACUGUCCCGAAGACAGCAGAAAACUUCUUCCAAUUGGCCCAGAAACCUGAAGGUGAAGGCUACAAAGGCAGCAAGUUCCACAGAGUCAUAGACAACUUCAUGAUCCAAGGAGGUGACUUCACCAAAGGAGAUGGAACUGGUGGACGCAGCAUCUAUGGCGACCGUUUCGAAGACGAGAACUUCAAGCUCCGCCACUACGGCGCUGGAUGGUUAUCUAUGGCUAACGCUGGAAAGGACACCAAUGGCUCCCAGUUCUUCAUCACCACCACCAAAACCACCUGGCUUGAUGGCAGACACGUAGUAUUCGGGAAGGUCUUGGAAGGCAUGGAUGUCGUACGUAAGAUCGAGAAAACAGUCACUGGAGCCAAUGACCGUCCUGUUAAAGAUGUGGUUAUUGCUGACUCGCGCGCCGAGGUUGUCGCGGAACCUUUUAGUGUAUCAAAAGAAAGUGCCGUUUAAAAAUAAGUCUAGUAUUAAUAAUAUAGGUAUAAAAUAACAGGUCCAUAUUUUGUUUGGUAAAGUAGUAAAAAUAAGUUUAGUUUGUGUCUCAAUUAUACUGCACGAAGUAGACAAUUGAUGACAUACUUUUAUUCUUUAAAUUCACAAUUUAAAGUUUUAUUUAGGUACCAAUAUUAUAAGGAAAA